AUGCCUCCCUCUAACCACCCCAUCGUAACCCUCGAAGAAGCCUUCCUCUCCCCGCACGUCCGGUCCUUUUACGCCUCUUCCAACUUUCCCGACCCAAACGCCGAAGACGGCCUCACCGGCUACGCAACGGCCUCGCUCAUGGAAUUCGGCCCCCAACGCCUUUCCUCGAUGGAUUCAAAUGGAAUAUCGCUGCAGAUAGUCAGCCACGUCCCGAACCCGCUCCCUUUGGAUGCCAGCACCGCGCGAGCUGUAAACGAUGAUGUCGCAGCGCACAUCAAAAACAUGCCAGAAGCAAGGUUCGCCGCUUUCGCCACGCUGCCGAUGAAAUAUCCCGAGGACGCAGUGGCGGAGUUGCGGAGGUGUGUAAAAGAGCUAGGCUUCGUAGGCGCACUCAUCGACAGCAACUGCGGCGGGCGGUUUUACGACGAUUCUUUCUUCUGGUCUGUCUUCGACACAGCAGUGGACCUAGAUGUACCAAUCUACAUCCAUCCGUGUCCCAACGAAGCCGUCAAGAAAGUGCUCUACUCAGGAAACUACUCCGAACAUAUAGCGACGUCAAUGAGCGAAUACGCGUGGGGCUGGCAUAACGAAGCGGCUGUCUCCUUCCUGCGGCUCUUCGCCUCAGGCCUCUUCGACCGCUUGCCCACCCUCAAGCUCCUACUAGGCCACUGCGGCGAGAUGAUUCCGUUCCAAAUGGAGCGCACCGCGAAUGUGAUUGAGCGGCAGUGGCCGCACAUCGGUGGCAAGCAUGAAAGAAGUUUCAGGACUGUGUGGGACGAGAACGUCUGGAUUACCACGAGUGGAUUUUUCGAGACCGGCAACAUGCCAUGUGUCUUAGGACAGUGUAAGCUCAACAGAAUACUGUUCAGCGUUGACUAUCCGUUCGGCAAGAACGAGGCUGGUGUUGCUUUUCUGCAGAAGCUGAAGGAGGAAGGGUUAGUGGACGAAGAGGGGUUGGAGAUGAUUGCGUGGAGGAAUGCGGAGAAACUCUUGGGGGUGAAGGCUAAGAAGAGGUGA